GUUGGAGCGCGUGGUUAGUAUUCGCUUCUUCCUCUUUUUGGUCUUCGAUCGGUACGGCCACUGGGAUCGCAAUGGGGAAGUCAUACCCGACGGUGAGCGAGGAGUACCUGAAAGCAGUUGAGAAGGCUCGGAGGAAGCUCCGCGGUUUCAUCGCCGAGAAGAACUGCGCUCCACUGAUCCUUCGACUGGCUUGGCACUCGGCUGGGACGUACGAUGUCAAUACAAAAACUGGAGGGCCUUUCGGGACGAUAAGGCACCCGGAUGAGCUUGCACACGGGGCGAACAACGGUCUUGACAUCGCCGUCAGGUUGCUGGAGCCGAUCAAGCAGCAGUUUCCGAUCCUUUCGUACGCUGACUUCUACCAGCUUGCUGGAGUUGUUGCUGUUGAGGUCACUGGUGGGCCUGAGAUUCCUUUCCAUCCCGGAAGGGAGGUAACUCUCUCUAGCUUUCUAUUGAUGUUUUAUAUGUUUUAUUAUUAUUAUUAUUAAUUUUUUGUUGUGUUUACUGCUAAAUUCAUUCGAAU